AUGAAUUUUGACCAGAAGGCUGUGAAAUUCCUGGCAAAUUUUUACAUCAAUGGAGGCAAACACUGGACCCAUGGCCCCCUGAGGCAGAAGACACUUGUGCCAUACCAGCCCAAGGCCUGUGUCUUGUUGCUGGGCCCCCCGCCAGGGGCCGCCUGGGAGGAGAUGUGGACCCCUGGAGGGCAGGAGGUCCCACCUGGCCUCGGGAUGCAGAUGAGUCCCCCCCAGGAUCGUCCCCCUAUCUGCACCCAGAACCUGAAGGAGCUGUUACUGGAGCGGCGCCCACCCAUCGUGACCGACCUGCAGAUCCCCGGCCCCACCAAGUACCAGGUGUCCGAUGCUUCAAUACGCGAGUGCUCCCCACAUCCCCACUUCAGCAUCGGCCGCAAGCGCUCCACCCGCGAGGGCGGUGGCCGCAGGGCGUGGCAGACAGCGUGGUUCCAGAGCGAAAGCCCCUUCACACAGAAAGCCGACUUUAACCAAGAGCAAAAGUGGCCAUCGCCCGCGGACUAUCAACCACUCAGCCGGCCUGCCUGCCCGGCCUUCAGCUUUGGGUGCCGCCGCCCCGCCUCCAAGACAGUUGAGGCCCGCUCCCGGCCGGGGCUGCUGUGGGCCGGGGGUGCGGGUUACCGUGCCCAGCCCCGGCUCCAGGCCCCUCCUCAGGCCCCGGGGGGCGAGAAGCGCCCAGGCCCCAACACCUACGACAUCUCUCCUGGGUGCCGGCUGCAGAGCCACCGCCCGCCCGCCUUCUCCAUGAGCCGUUCACCUGCGUUCGCCUCCUGGGUCAGCUCCUCCCACACUCCCGGCCCAGCUGCCUACCAUGUGGAGGAUUGCUAUAACUCGCGCUUCCCCUCAGCACCUGGGGUGGUCAUCCAGGGCGUGCGAAGACCCAAGCGCCAUGACACAGGACCCUUCUGCACGCUGUAGCCCCUGCUGGGCUCAGCCGGCCGGCCGGUUAUCCACGGAACCCUGGUCUCCCCGGGGGGGGGGGGGGGGGGGGGCCCAGCUUGGCCUUCUGACUCUCUGGGCGCCUCUGAUGCCCCCUCCUGGCCGGCCCAUCCCUCUGUGAGCUGCGGACAGCAAGGAGGGCCCAGCCGGAAGUCCUCACCUGCCCACCCCCUUGCCACACAGAGAUGCUGUCGUUC